GGUAAGAAAGCUCUGACCAGGGAAGAAAUUCAGAAGAACCAAGGUCAGAGGAAGACAAGGAAGAUCACGAUUGAGUCGUACGAGAUGGCCGAGGCGGAAAGGAAGGAGUCUGCAGUUCAGAGAGCCGGGAGUUUACCUCCCUCCGGAGGAGAGAAGAGGCGGGGUCGUAAGGGGAAGGAACUGCGAAGAUGUGGUGAUUCCUUGGAUCAGCAAGCCUUGGAAAGCGACAGGCCACCUUCUAGUGAUGAUGCGUUGGAUGACACGAUGUCAGUUUCCCUCCCAUUUAGAUCUGGGAACCCAUUUGUGGAGGUCACCGAAGGAAUCUUGCACUUCUACAAGAAGAAGAACACAGAUACUGCGACCGAAAAGACUACUCUUUCUAGCGAGAUGCUCUGCAUGCUACGCGUCCCAGCCCUGAUCACCAGCCGUGACCUCCUCAGCUUCAUUGCCCCCUGUGCACCAGACAUUCAACAUGUUCGCAUCAUUCGCGAUUCCACCCCCGACGAG